ACUUCUUCUUCCUUCUUCCUAAAUGGGUAUAAUGCUUCAGAAAUCAGUUAAAAAUUCGUACAAACUCGGAGCUUUCAGAUUUGCUAUAUGUUAUAAUAUUAUAUAUUAUUUCUUCCGUCAAGCUUACUUAAACAUACAAAGAGUAACUCAACCAUACUUCUAGACCUAAAACGAUGAUCGCCUACCUUCUUCUUGUUGGAGUAUCCUUGUCUGUAGUCCCUGGAGCCGUCUCCAGUUGUUGUAUGCCACACCAGUUCCAGACAUACAUGGACGUAAUGACGUCAGGGAGCCCAAAGGAAAAACGAUUUAAACAAAUGAUGGUUUCCUAUGAUGCCAAAUCCCUUAAAGUCGCUAGCAUUUAUCUUACUCAGCCUGAGGGAAACGAGGUCAACAUUAUACAAGAUUUCGCCACAGGCAAAUCUUAUAACUGGAAUCGGGACUUUUGUAGAGUAUAUCAGAGUGGUCCGUUUUACAAUAUAUGCAUUCCAGCUAAAGCUAAGCUGGUACAGAAAACUUUCAUGGGAGUGUCUCCCAACAUUAUAAACUUGGAUACCUACAUGAUGUCGCAGAAUAAUUACACACUAUUCUAUAGAGUUGGGUUACACUGUACCCAUGUUGAGAUUGGUGGAUUUUCGUCCAAAAUUCCACAACCUGAUGGGCAGCUUUUGUUUCUCUUUUACAACACGACAUUGAGAAUCAAAGAUCCAUCUGUCUUUAUUCCACCAAAGAUGUGCUUCAAAAAUGUCACAAAAAUCGGCAGAAAACUCUGUUUCCAGCCGAAUCACAUCAAUAAUUUUCUUGGAGAUCCAAAUCCCUGCUUCCCUUAAAAUAGAAAUUUAUUUGCCUUUCCUGUCUGAUUUGUUGAAAUCUACAUCAUAGCGGUUUCAAGUAAAUGUUUAACCAAGCCUCUCAUGAUAAUCUUAUGUCAGUUAUGCAUAUAUGUUCAUAAAAUAAUAUUUGUAAUAGCUCAUACAAAAAUUUGUAAGAAUGCAAAUUUUCUAUUAUACGCUAGACAAAAUAGCUAAUGCACCAUCAUAUGAAAGUAAUAUUUUACUAUUCAAAACUUGUGUAUGAUGUAAUUGAUACAUUGCUAUGUUAAUUGAGGAAAAAAUAAAAAAAAAUGUCUUAAGUGGUAAAUAACUACCUUGAUGAAAUCUUAAAGAACUCGCUUCAUGAUUGGAAGGCCCAGCACUGAUUCCCGUUAGGCUCGCCGUGUUUAAUAUUAGAUAUUAUCCUUCCUUGUCAAGCGACCGAAGAAGAGAAAGUCUUGAGUCUUUUGGGUGAACCCUAAAAUAUUAAAGUUAGGUCUGAUGUCAUGUUAAAACCCUCACUGCUGAAAGGCCCUGAGGGCCAUGUCAAGGACUGUAUUGGAAGCCCUUUACAUAUAUACUUUAUGAGUGAAAAGUUCUCAAAUGUAGGUUAAAUAACAUCCUAUCAUUUAAUUAUUUAGUUUAGAUUAAGAAUACCUACAGAUUGAUUUUAUACUAAGGCUAAAUUUUCUAUUCAAUUUUUAUCGGCUUGGCCGAGAUCAGAUGCCCACGUUGGUUGCAGAUUGACCAAAAAAAUUAAUUCAAAUGAAUAAUGGUAGAUUGUCUGAAAUUUCUGUCCAUUUCCGUCAAUUUUCUUUAGCUGUAACAAAAUCAAACCAAUUGGACUAUGGACUAUACAUAUUCACGUAUAACAUUUAUUUCAACUGAACAAAAAUGUAUAAUUCAGAUACAAACUCUUCACAUAAUAUUGUCUGGGCAAAAAAAAUCACAUACUAUAAAAGUAAGUCAUUUCCAUUAAAAAUCUUACAUGGUUUAAUCUGCUUAUCUCUCAGAAUUUUUCUACCCCUAAUAUUAUGGCAUUUCGAAAAAAAAUAAUUUAAAGUAUGUUCAAAUUUUCUAAGCAAAUGUAUAUGGAGUGAGAACAACUUCAAACGUAUUUGGCAAUAUUCAGAGAACAAAAUUAUGUCGGGUACUUUUAAUUUAGGAUAUGGAGAUAACGAACAGUAUACAAUCUCAAAGUCCAUAAAACAAUACAAAAUAAGAGCAGAGCAAACACGGACCUCCGAAACAUCAGAGGUGGGAUCACGUGCCAUGGAGGAGUGAGCAUCCCCUGCCGACCGGUCACACCCGCCGUAUGCUCCUUGUCAUGAUCAGGAAAUAACGGAAAAAAUCCUUCGUCAAUUCAGUGUAUUAAUAAUGGACUAACGAUUGGAAUGAAAAACGUCAGUCAGCAUUUGACUCAAUGAUAAUCUGUAUUUGCUGACAAGGUCAUUAUAUCGACCAUAGAACUUACAAAAUGAUGACUUUAAACAAGACUGCUGAUAUUCUUGUUUCGUCAACUUGCUUGUCAAUAAUUUGCCUCGUUUUAGAAAUUGUUCAUACGCAGAGUAUGCUCUUGCGUAUCGAAUCAACUGAGAUAUAUAUACUCCAGGGAUGAAGGUACAUUGCUACAUAAGUAAGGGAAGGUGACGAUAGAAAAGUUAAAGUCAUCACGUUUAUCAUAAUUAUAGCUUGGUUGUUAGAUUACCAUGAGUGUCUUUUUCAAGUAA